AUGGCCAGCAUCGCCUGCCUCAGUACGUCACCCCCCCAAUACGUCCUUUCCUCAGUACGUCCUCAGUACGUCCUCUCCUCAGUACGUCCUCUCCUCAGUACGUCCUCUGCUAAUUACGUCCUCUCCUCAGUACGUCCGCUCCUCAGUACGUCCUCUCCUCAGUACGUCCUCUCCUCAGUACGUCCUCUGCUAAUUACGUCCUCUCCUCAGUACGUCCUCUCCUCAUUACGUCCUCAGUACGUCCUCUCUUCAGUACGUCCUCUCUUCAGUACGUCCGCUCCUCAGUACGUCCUCUCCUUAGUACCUCCUCUCUUCAUAACGUCCUCAGUACGUCCUCUCUUCAGUACGUCCGCUCCUCAGUACGUCUUCUCCUCAGUACCUCCUCUCCUCAUUACGUCCUCAGUACGUCCUCUCUUCAGUACGUCCUCUCCUCAGUACGUCCUCUCCUCAGUACGUCCUCAUUACGUCCUCUCCUCAGUACGUCCUCUCCUCAGUACGUCCUCUCCUCAUUACGUCCUCAGUACGUCCUCUCUUCAGUACGUCCUCUCUUCAGUACGUCUUCUCCUCAGUACGUCCUCUCCUCAGUACGUCCUCUCCUCAUUACGUCCUCAGUACGUCCUCUCCUCAGUACGUCCUCUCCUCAGUACGUCUUCUCCUCAGUACGUCCUCUCCUCAUUACGUCCUCAGUACGUCCUCUCCUCAGUACGUCCUCUCCUCAUUACGUCCUCAGUACAUCCUCUCCUCAGUACGUCCUCUCCUCAUUACGUCCUCAUUACGUCCUCAGUACGUCUUCUCCUCAGUACGUCCUCUCCUGGUGUUUUACUGUCCAAUGUCUGCAUUAUACUUGAUGACGUCCGUCCUCUACCACUGCACGAACUAUAG